AUGGAAACCUCCUCGUUAUUGAUAAUUAGUAGCAUUGGAAUAUAUGUAUUUAUAAUCAUUUAUUGCGAUAUAACAAGUGAAGCAAAUUAUGAAAGAUCUGCCGACAAUAUAACAUUAAAUAAACAACAAUGCUUCCAGUUUUAUACGACAUAUCCAGUGUUUAUUGCACAAGAAAUAACAGAUCAUUUAAAUCAGGUGUUAAUAUCUUUAAUAUUAUGCCUAAGUUUGUACGGAUGGUUACUGUAUUCAACCGACAUGCGCGAUGCAUGCAAAGCUAUGUAUCAAGAAAUCAAAUCCACAACACAAGGUGUGUCAGGGGAGUUAUGCUAUACAAACUACAUCACGACCAAUACUCUCUAUCAAGUUCCAUAUGAUGAAAUUAGUUUUACUUCAGAUAUUAUUUGUCAUACAGAUUUUCGAUGUACCAAAGCGGUAUCAAUUCCAUUACUCACUCCCUGUGCAACAGUUUGUGUUUCGUAUGGUUUAAAACUUGAUUAUGAAGGACAAAUGAACAACGAACUCGGAUGUCAACGAAACUUUAUUAGACGAUGUUCAAUCAACAAAAGUCGAUUUUAA